AACACGACUUGUUUUAAUGCGAUCCCCUGUGGCAGCUUUUCCAGGAGACCCUCUUCAGUUGGAUCCUUACUAUCGAGAGGUGUUAUGACAAGUCAUGAAUCACCAAAGUUCCCAUAAGCGAGAUUUGAAAACUGAGGGAUAUUUCGUGGCGGCUAUGAGAAGAUGAAGAGGCAAAACGUGCGGACCCUUGCUUUAAUAAUCUGCACAUUGUCCUAUUUAUUAAUCGGAGCGGGAGUCUUCGACGCCCUGGAGUCAAAGCAGGAGAAAAGCCACAAGGGCAAACUCGACUAUCGAAAAUUUCAACUCAUGUACAAAUAUAAUCUAACCAGAUUUGACUUUGAUCAAAUCGAAAGGGUUGUUUUGUUUCUGAAACCUCACAAAGCCGGAGUCCAGUGGAAGUUCGCCGGGUCGUUUUACUUCGCCAUCACUGUAAUAACGACCAUAGGUUAUGGCCAUGCUGCUCCCAGUACGGAUGCUGGGAAAGCAUUUUGCAUGGGGUAUGCACUCUUGGGCAUCCCCCUCACCCUGGUGAUGUUCCAGAGCCUGGGUGAACGUAUCAACACAUUCGUCCGCUUCCUGUUGCACAAAGCCAAGAAAUGCAUAGGCCUGCGGCGGCCGGAAGUUUCCAUGGCCAACAUGGUGUUCAUCGGAUUCUUCUCCUGCAUCAGCACCUUGUGUUUGGGAGCAGCUGCCUUCUCCCACUACGAAGGUUGGAGUUUUUUCCAUGCCUUCUACUACUGCUUCAUCACCCUAACCACCAUCGGUUUUGGUGAUUACGUGGCCCUUCAAAAGGACAACACGCUCCAAAACGACCCUCAUUACGUGGCCUUUAGUUUCGUCUAUAUCCUGAUGGGCCUCACAGUAAUUGGUGCUUUCCUCAACCUAGUGGUGCUACGGUUCAUGACGAUGAACACAGAGGAUGAGAGAAGAGACGCGGAGCAGAGGUCUCUGCUUUCCAAAGAUAAACAUAAAGCCCUGCCUCCACGCCGCACGGACCCUCCGACCCCCUUUGCCGGGGGUCAAGACAAAAGGCGAGGGUUGAAGAGCGUCUACGCUGAGGUGCUUCACUUCCAGACGGUGUGCUCAUGCCUGUGGUACCGAAGCCGAGAGAAAAUGGUGAUCCUCCCGCAGGAUCUGUCCUUCACUGAUGCGCUAAUGGAGCAAGGAGACGUGUCACCCCACCACUUCUUUGAAUCCAGCCCCUCAGGCUGCGUCUGUAACCCUCAUCGCUGCUCAGCCAUUAGCACUGUGUCCGCUGACCUGAGAAACAUCUCUCCGUUUAAGCUCUUCUCAAAGAGACGCAGCUCGGUCUGAAUCACCUCAGUUUCUUAUCAGUACUGUAUAACUGUUAAUGGUCAAUUAUUUUAUUUUACCUAAAUGAUUGAGCAGCACACCCGAAGUUGGGUUUUUGCAUUUAUUGACUUCUACAGUUACAGUCUAUCAUGCAACUUACUGUUUAAUGAUUAUGAAUAAGAAUUACAAUGGGAAUCUUUUUCAGUUUUAAUUCAAUGACAGCCUGAUAUGAUGCAAUGCACAGUAUUUGAACAAUCUUUAAUGAAAGAAAAAAGUCUGACUAAAAAGAAUGAGCAGCAAUAUUGUUUUACCUUGUUCAGGUGACAUUGUCGGUUGGUCAUGCAUUGUCAGUGUAUGUUAAUUUUAACUUUAAAUAACUUUUUGACAAUUGCAAGCCAUUGUUAACUCUUUCCCCGCCAGCCAGCGCCAGCAUUUUUUCACAAAAUAUUGAAGGCCCCCUGAAUAUUUUUUUCUACAAAUAUACGUAACAUAACAUAUAUUUGAACAUACUGUAUAUCAUAUUAAAGAACAGAGCCUCUGCUUUUAAUAAAAAAGCAUUUUAUAAUUUGUAUUCAUUAUUUUUUUAAUCAUCUCUAAAAUGUGGUUAGGUUCCUUGAAAAAUACAACAUUUAAAAAAACUGAGAAAAUUGCGUUUUUGUCAAAGAAUUUGUCCACAGCAGAUUUAGAAUGAACAUCAAAAAAGUAGAUAGAACAUUUACUGCUUUUGGAUCCAUUGAUGCUCUACUCGUUUAGAAGGGGGAUAACAGUGCCCCCUAUCUUGUGAAAACGUGCGUAGCUGUAAAUUUCCUUCAAUAGCAGAGAAAUUUGGGCUGCGUUUCCCGAAACCUUCUUAUUGCUAAGUAUAUAUCGCUACCCUCUUAAGGUGUAACUUAAUAACUUACCAAAGUGGGAAAAAUUACUUUAAUUAUUUUGUUCAGAACACAAAAGAAAAUAUUUUGAAGAAUGCAUAAAGCAAACAGGUCUGGGGCACUUCCGACUACUAUUGUAAUUUUUCCGACAAUGGAAGUCAAUGGUGUCAAAGAAAUGUUUGCUUGCAAGCAUUCUUACAAAUAUAUUUUGCUGUGUUCAUCAGAACAAAUACAUUUAUGCAGAUUUGGAACAACUUGAGGGUGAGUGAAUGAUGACAGAAUUUUCAUUUUUGGGUUCUCUGCCCAGCUUUGUACAACAUGUUAUGACAAAUGUAACCCAUUACAUUAUAUUAAUCUCAUAGAGUCACCAACAAGGCGUAUAUGCUCAUAGAUUGGCAGCAGAUUACUUUCUUUGUAGUUAGAACUAAGAGAGCAAAACUGUCUAGUCAUAACAGAGGCAACAUCUAUGAGAAACAUAUUAAACUCUUGAACCUUGUCACUCUUGUACUUAAUUACCAUUGAUGUUUAGCACCUCCAUAUUAGCUUUGAAGAUAAAGUAACAGUAUGACCUUGGUCUACAGCAGUUAUCCCAUACGGACCCUCCAAGUGCUCUCAGCACUGAUCUGGACAUCGUGUCCUGUGUAUCCCCUAUGACUCAGAGAGGCCUUGCUGCUCAGGCUAUGUUUGGCCCACACAGGAGAGUGGGCCAUCUUCUCAUCCUGCCAAGGAGAAAGCGCUUUGUGCCCAAGACUUUGCCUUUGGCUGUUAGACCUGCAUGAUACAGUGACAGAAGGAAGUGCAUUACAACAAACGCCUGCAUUUCCCCCCCAUGGUGGUGGCAUCUGUUGCUUUUCCUUUUUGUUUUUGGUUUGGCAUCUACAUCUAUGAGAAAGGUAAAAAAUAUCUUUGGCCAGAACGUCAAUGGGGGUAGGACAUAGUGUACUGUACAUUUAUGUUUAUGUUUCUAUUUACAUCCUUACCAAAGGAACCAGGGUAAAAAUAACUUAUUGUUGAUAACGCAUUGAGAAUCAUUCUUAUUUUGUCCAGCUUUUAGGAAGGUCUUUCCUAUUAGGAUUGGUAAAAUGAAAUAGCAGCAGAGAAAUAUUAAUAUGCAUUUUGCCAAACAAUGUCUGUACUGUAAAAAGUCUUGUAGAGCUGACAUAAAAAAUAAAAGUGUUAUUAUUUUUACAUAGGUUUUUUCUAUGUAUCUAUCUAUAAAUAAGGCUCUUUUGGUCAUUUGUGAAUCAAAAUGAUGAGACAAACAUCUUAAAAAAAAUGCAGAUGUUAAAA